AUGAUUGGUAUUUCGAAGAACGUUUCUCUACCUAUGUCCAGGAUGUCGUGGCCACAGGUUCCACAGCGUGUGAGUGGGUUUCGUUUGCGUAACAAGACUAGGAUGUUACUUAGCCAGCGGUUUAUGUCUCACGGGCCUAUUGUGAAGCCGGAGAAUACAAAAAAGAGAGUGAUGAAAUGGGUUGUUGCUACUGGUGUUACAUUAGUCGUUAGUAGUAUCUUGCUAAACCAAGGAUAUUUCCGUAGACUCGAGGUGGCAGAUGGAGAGGAGCAAGACGGAGAGGAGCAAGAUGGGAAGAGAAAACACAAAAUUAGCAUAUUCAAUAAUAAUUGGUUGUUUUUCUGCUAUAGCACUUUACCGUUGAACGCCAUAUCACGGUUUUGGGGGCAGGUAAACUCAUUAAACCUUCCUGUAUGGGUAAGACCUUGGAGUUACAAACUAUAUGCUACAUUGUUCGAUGCCAACCUGGAGGAAAUGGAAGAUCCAGAUCUAACGCACUAUGAGAACUUAUCGCAAUUCUUCUACCGGACUAUCAAACCAGAAACAAGACCCAUCGACUAUGACGAGAACGUUAUUGUUUGUCCCAGCGACGGUAAGGUACUUCAGUUUGGUACCAUAGACCCUCAAUUUGGUCACAUCGAACAGGUGAAGGGACUCAAUUAUUCUGUCAGAGAAUUUUUGGGCACCCAUAGCCAUCCACUAAUGCAAAGAACCCAAUCGGAAGAACAACUAACCCCUUCUACAUCAGCCAACUCUGUCGAAAGUAACAUUGAUACUAGCAGUGAAAAGACUAGAGUGGAGGAUGACGAAAAUGAUAAAAGUCACAGAGAAUUUGCAAGAAUUAAUAAUAUUCCUUAUAGCCUUAACGAUAUCAUAGGCCAUACACCAGGUUCGCAAGAUGAAGAUCACUUACAACCUUUCAGUUAUAAAAGAGAGAAAAAUCAAGCUAUUACUGAUCACAACGCCUCAAAAACGUUGACCCUAUUAGGUGAUUUGUCUCCAAACUACGUGAAGCAAAAGAUGUCGUCUACAGAUACCCAACUAUAUUUCGCGGUCAUUUACUUAGCCCCAGGUGACUACCAUCACUACCACUCCCCAGUUAACUGGGUUUGUAAACUUCGCCGUCAUUUCCCCGGUGAAUUAUUCUCAGUAGCGCCAUACUUCCAGAGAAACUUCCCAAAUUUAUUUGUUCUAAAUGAACGUGUAGCAUUAUUGGGACAUUGGAAACAUGGUUUCUUCAGCAUGACCCCUGUUGGUGCAACUAAUGUCGGAUCUAUCAAAUUGAAUUUCGACAAAGAGCUUGUCACCAACGAAAAGACACAAAGACACUGUAAACCACAUACUUGCUACGAAGCAACUUACGAAAAUGCUAGUAAAGUGUUGGGUGGUGUUCCUUUGAUUAAGGGAGAGGAAAUGGGAGGUUUUAUGUUGGGAUCUACCGUUGUUCUAUGUUUUGAAGCUCCAAAAGGCUUUAAAUUUAACGUAAAUGUUGGGGAUAAGGUUAAAAUGGGACAACCUUUGGGUAAACUUGAUCUUUCAUGUGAUAAUAACUAA